AUGAAGUGGCAUUCUGCGCAGCACGACGACCCGCAGGCUCAGCAGCCUGGCUCCUCGUCGACGGCAGGCCCAGCGCGAUUUCGCGACCGGGUGAAGAACCUCGCUCGACCGCGCAAGGAGAGGCAGCAGCGUGAGGACAUCCCCAUGAUCCAGGUGCACACCGCUCCUACACCGUCGUCUUCGCAUACUGCUCAGGAUGAGAACGGCGCCGCGGCUGCGGGCCCAUCGACCUCGUCCGAGCCCACACCCAGUGCGUCGUCUUCGGCUUCGUCGGCACCUGCGAAUGGCGCCCCCGUCUCCGUCCCUGCCCUGCCCCGCGCCGGGUCCGCAUCGACAUCGCCCGCUGCGUCCGCGCCCGGCAGCUGGCGUGCCCGCGUCGCCGCACGCGUGCAGGCCGAGAAGCGCGGUGCUACCGUCGAUAAGCGGAUGGUCGAGUUCCACGGCAAGUUGCUGCGCCGCGCUCGCGCCGUGGGCGGGACGCAGGCGUACAGCGUGGGGCACGGGUGGCGGCGGUACGUGCACUUGGAGGGCGACGUGUACUACUACCACCCUGAGCACCGGCUCGUCACGCCCGACGACGUCGAGAACGGCGAGCAGCGGAAGGCGGUGGAGGACGCUGCGGGCGAGUUUUGGGACGAGCUGGAGCAGGCGGGGAUAACGGAUUACAUUCCGGACGAUUACGAGCUGGUCAUGUCUGUCGAUGAGGAGGGUCCGACGCGCGCGGACCUCGUAUGUCGCCGGACGGGCCAGCUGUUCAAAUGCAAUCCGAGCAAGCCCGGUAUAAUUGAGCAGGUACACACCUACGCCUACUGGGUGCACGUCAACGAGUUCCCCAUGCACGCUGGGCCCCUUCCAAUCAGCGCAGAGGUCGAGUUCCUCAACGCAUUGACCUACGGCGCUAAUGAGGCGAUCUUGGGCGACGAAGAAACCACCUUCCCGUACACGGACCAGCAGAUGGAACAGUUCAUGCGUCUCUAUCGCCACCAAAAGAAAGUGUCCUCGAACCCGUACACCUGGCGCGCCCUCACGUAUCUCGUCGGUACCACGCUCGCGGAAGUGCAGAACCGGCGCAUGGGCAGCGCGCGGAAAGGCACGGCGGGGACGUACGGCUCCGCGUUCGACAUGCACCGCGCGCGGCGCGCGGACGCGUCGUCGUGGCAGCUGGCCGCCGCGCAGUAUCUGCUCAUGGCCGUCCUCCUCGGCGCGCACCGCAUGUACUUUGCGCGCCUGCGGAAGACCCGGAACGGCGCGACGGCGUACCUGCUCGACUUCCGCGAGGUGCUCCGCCAGUUCGUCGCGGAGUGGACUGAUUCCAAUCUCCUGGCAACCGUGUUCGUCGGCGGGAACAUCGCGUUCCAACAAGUCCCCGGCAUCAGCAACCUCCAGCGCACGGCCUCCCUCGCGUCCGCGAUCCUCUCCCUCCUCAGCGUCGCCACCGGCGUGUACCACGUCUGGCAGCACCGCCCCAUGGUCAACGCCGACAUCACCAACGCCGUAAAGUACCUCAACCACGCCGGCUCCUGGGAAUCCCGCUUCCGCCUCGCCUCCUCCGGCGCGGGCACCGCGCCCACGAGCACGGACGCGGACCUGCUCCCGACCGCAGCCUUCCUCGCGGUCCCGUUCGCCGCGCUGCUCUGGGCGAUGCUCACGUUCACACUCGCGCUCGCCGCGCUCUGCGUGCAGAACUCGGCGGCGCUCCUCGCGCCGCUCGCUGGCGGGGGCGGGGGCGCGACGGUGCCGCUCCUCGCGGGCGUACUGGGCGUGUUUGGCCUCUUGGCGCUCGCAACGUUGGUGUUUUUCCGUCAUAUUUGGGCGGGGGCGGGCGAGGGCGAGGGCGGGGGCGAAGGUGAGGGUGAGAGCCAGCAUGGAGGCAAAGAGGCAGACGGGGCGCCGUCUGUGUCGGUGGCUGCUCCUGCCACAGACGCCAAGGCGAGUCUUCUGAAGCGGAAAGGCGCGAGUGCGGCGGCCACGCUGCGCAAGAUGAUUGCGGCGUGCUCCUGCAGGCCGCGACAAAAGGCAGGUGACGAGGAACGUGGGCAGGUCGACUGA